AUGGCACGGUAUGGGGAAAUUGCUCGGCAUGGGAGAGGCGUGGGCAAUAACAGGGUAUGGGAACGAGUAUGGAAAGUGGAGCAUUUCACAUGGGGUGCAUGUGGGAGGCAACUGGUGAAGCUUUCACUGAGGACAUUGGGCAUAUCAACGGGCUUAUUCAAUCUUAGUGUCCAUCCUCCCCAACGUUUAUAUAAAGUAUUACGUAUGGGAAAUACUGAAAACGUCCUUUCCAGUAGUAUAGUUGUCGUGUUUUUUUUAGCUUUUGUUGUUUUCGAAACUAUGUGGUAUGGUUCAACAACUACUCCCAUCGAAUUAUUUGGUCCUACUCAUUAUCAAUGGGAUCAAGGAUACUUCCAACAAGAAAUAUAUCAAAGGGUUAGUGCUGGGUUAGCCGAAAAUCAAAGUUUAUCAGAAGCUUGGUCUAAAAUUCCUGAAAAAUUAGCUUUUUAUAAUUACAUUGGCAAUAUUCCGGUAAAAGGAGGAUUAUUCAAAGCGGGUUCAAUGGACAACGGGGAUGGAGUAGCUGUUGGGUGGUUAGGACACCCUAUCUUCAGAGAUAAAGAAGGGUAA